UGCAGGUACAAUUUAAAGUGGAGUAAAUGAAAUUCAAAGAUAUAUCUAGACUAUCAGCUGAUAAGUUCUUUAAUAAAAUACCUAAAAAUCCUGUUAUAGUAACUAAUUUAUUUACUCACCCGUGGCUAUCAGCCAGUCGGGGAUUACAAGACGAUUUCGAUUUAUUGAUAAGAGAUGAGUACACGGCUAAUUUGAUAGUGCCGAUAGAGAUACAACAGCCCGGUGUAGCGCUCUCCACAGACCAGAGGUUUGAAGUGCCAUUUGGCUUGUUCUACAAGUUAUUCAUACAGAAUGAGCAAAAAGACAAGAAAGGCUAUCUCGCCCAGUAUGAUCUGCUAUCGAAUAGCCCCUAUCUAUCUAAUUUGCUGCCUGUUAUACCACAUUUAAGAGAUCUUUACGCAAAAUCAAGCUCCUGGUUGGGUCCUGAGGGUACACUCACGCCAUUACAUAGAGACGCCAUCAGCGAUUCCAAUAUACUUUUACAGCUCGUAGGACAGAAAAGGGUGAAUAUCAUAGAUCCCAUGUACAGCAAUCUGUUAGAUCUACACCCGAGCAACUCGCCUUUACGCAAUUUUAGCAAGCAGUCAGCGGAAUAUCCUAAAGAAGGUGAUUUUAUAGUACACACAGCGAUAUUGGAACCAGAAGAGAGUGUAUACAUACCCGCUGGCUAUUACCAUUCAUUUAAAUCGUUAUCUAGAUCUUUCAGUGUAAACUUCUGGUUUAAUCUUCCGAAAUGAACGUUCUUUGUCUUCUACCAUGGCUUCUUCCCGACCAUCGUCGCCAUUUUCUGAACGACGGAGAACUGUACACCAGCACAAUGUCCAUAGAAUAGUCUCUCCAACCUUAAGGCAGUUCGAGUACGCUAGAAAGUCUCCUUAUGAGUUGAAGCAGCUGCCAAGAAGACUUAAAGAUUUUUAUCAGCAACAGAACAAUUUGUUAGAUGCUUAUGCAUCUGUAGAUGAUCUACUGGAGAGUAGCUAUCCACAAGAUGUACUUGCGCGACUACAUGGUAUAGCAGCUGGUGAUGAGCAAACACCUUUGCUACACUUCCCAAAUGAGAAAGCAGACAAAUCCCACAACAGAACGGUUAACUUAGUUCUGAAUGUUAACCUACUUAUAAAUAUACUCCUUCUGGGUACAAAAGGUGCUGCAGUUUUACUAUCUGACAGUGUCUCCUUAUUUGCUUCUCUUGUCGAAUCUGUUCUCGAUUUGCUCUCCUCAUUGAUCAUUUUUGGUACCACACAAUGCGCAGGACAUAGAGACGAAAGCACAAAAUUCAAAUACCCAGUCGGAAAGCAAAGGUUUGAACCGCUUGGAGUUAUCAUUUUCAGUGUAUUCAUGAUUGGCUCAUUCCUUCAAGUACUCUUCGAAUCUCUCUCUAGAUUACAGCAUGAGCCAACACCAGCGAACUUACCAUUCGCGGGUAUACUCAGUAUGGCAAUUACAGUAAUUGUUAAAGCGAUCGUUUGGGUAUUCUGCGUAAAGAUAAAGUCCUCAGGUGUACAAGCGAUCGCACAGGACAGUUUGAAUGAUGUAGUUUUUAAUAUCAUAUCACUCAGUUUUCCAUAUAUUGGACAAACUUUCAAUAUACCCUCACUUGACCCAAUUGGUGGUGUUAUCCUCUCUUUAUACAUUAUAAUUGAAUGGACGGGAACCCUGAUAGACAAUUUUAGUCGUCUGAGUGGACGUGUAGCUGACCCAGUUGAACUAUCAAAAGUUCUCUAUUGCGUUACGAGAUUCACCCCCGUACAAUCAGUCAGUUAUAUUGAAUGUUAUCAUGUCGGUGACAACGUUAUUGUUGAAGUUGACGUCGUUCUACCACCUAGUGUCAGCUUACCAGUCGCCCACGAUUGGGGUGAAACUAUCCAAUAUGUAAUUGAGUCACUCGAAGGUAUAGAACGUGGUUUCGUACAUCUCGAUUACAACCCUACAAACCCUCCGGGGCAUAUGAUGCAGGCGUCAAUGGCUGUCGAAAGGGAAAAGAAGAAGCGCUUUGCUAGACAGGAUACAAAUGAAACUAUCCUUCAACCUACAGAUCCAGAGUCGGAAGCUGGUGGAUUGAGUCGUGUAAACGAGGUUGUUUGAUUAGCCUUUAAAUUGUCCAUCUUUAUUCAUUUCUAUUAUUUUAUCAAUAAUGAAAGCUAUCCUGCUUUAAUAAUGUACAUAAGGUAAAACACAAAAACUAUUAUUCUCCAAUACGUCUACGACGACGUUCGUUACCCUCUUUUCUAGCUUGAAGAAUCCAAUACCUGACUAACAAGCCGACGAAUAAAAAGACGCAAGCCAAGCCGACAACAAUACAUCCGAAGAUGACAUACGAGGGCUCACUACCAUCUGAAUUUACCAUUGGUGGUCCAUUUUCUUCAGGAUCUUCCGGCACACCAUUUCUGGGUGUAGUCACCUAUUCAAUUGUCAUCAGAUAGUUAUACAUUAAUAAGGAAACCUACAUUCAUACUAAAUGCCUGUGUGAUAACCAUCAUAGGUAAAGAACAAACCGUGAUAACAGAUAGUGCCAAAAUUGUAUUAUCAGAUCCUGAUUUUGAUACUGCAUGACCCAGUUUAAGUUGUGCGAGAUAUGCCAAAUGUAAAGAACUAAGAACACGUUCAUCGUGCAUUAAUGUCUGCGUUGACGAAACAACGUGGUCUUCAAUAUCACCAAAAUGAACGAUCAUCUCUCGAAGUGCCUCAGAUUGAUUAGGAUCUUUAAGUGAUUUGCGCUUCUCAAUCAUCCUGGCUCUUAGUUGCCUAAUCACAUCCGACUUUGCACUUAAUAAUCUACCUAAACCUGUAACUAAUCUGCGAGUAUCUGUUGUACGUUGCAAAAGGUGUGAUUGAGAGUUGGGGAAGAAGGACAGAAAUCUGAUCUCCUCCGGUAUGAGCGACUUCGGACUAUUUCCUGAACGUCUAAGAAAUGAUAACUUGAGUAUCUUCGUCAAUAUUCCUUCCUCUUUCGGUUGUUCUUCUACUGGUGGCGAUGGCGUCGGUGGAACAUCUAUAACGACACUUUUUGAUAAAGUUUCAUCCGUAUUAUACCUCCUUAUUUUUGUCCUCCUAUCUUGUUCAGCUUUCUUAGCUUUUCUCUUUUCCCGCCAUUCAGAUAAUUGUGAACCAUCCAUAAUACCACUCAAAAGUGGAGCCAAUGGUCCCAUCUUACUUUGCGCGCGUUUAGGUGUCGUCGGAGGAGGCGGCAACUCAAAUUUCUUUGCAUAUGCCAAUGAAUCCGGCGACUGGUCAUACUUAUCUUUCUCGCUAUUGACGAAAGUAUCUUCAGAGUGUCUCUCUGGAUGAUCAGCACCAGUGUUAUCUUUGGUUGACAGUCCCCUUGGGUCAACAACAAGAUCAUCGAUUUCAUCUGUCUCCCUUUCGACAUAUUCGAUUAAAGGUAAGAAGGCGUCAACUAGUGAAUCCAACAAGCCGUGAGCUAUCCAUUCAGGCGCAACUAAAGAGACUUUGGAAUGUUCAGCGAACAUUCUUCUUAUAAUACGAUCAGUGUGUGUUGCUAUGUUAUCAAAGUGAAAUGAUAUGACACCUUUCUCAAAUAUGAGUAGAUAAACGUUGAUACCACCAACACCAACACCUUCAACACCCUCUUUACCACCUACACCUUCAACAAUACGCAUACGCUUUUUGCCAAUGUUAUCAUCAGCGACAUCAUUGAGGUGAAUAUCAGGUGAAAGGUGUUCAAGCGAUACAUCGUCGGCUUUCCUCGAUAAACCGGACGAUGGAUCUGAUAAACGGAAAUAUCUUUCAUCAACACCACGGAAAACAAUCAGAGUAUAUCCUAAUGCGGGGAAAGUUUCUAACUUUUCGCGAGUGUCUUGCUGUAAUAUAUCCUCUUGUGUUAAGGGAUGCAAAGGAAACACUUUGCAAAGUGACCGCAUAUCAUCCCACGUCGGUGACUUGAUAUCAAGCCACCAGACGCCAUCGUCGGUUGUACUCGGUUGAGAGGCACUCUUUAUUGAUUGAUAGAUAGGGGACAACUGUGUGUGCCUCUCAAUAACGGGUUUGUGUAAGCUUUUAAGCGUGAUCAGCAUAAAAUCCUGGCUGAUAUCAGGUUCUCUAAGCCUGGAACGCCUAGACCUCUUCUUAAGUUUUUUAGAUCUCGAUUUACUAAGAAUAGAAAUCGAUCUUCUUGGUGAUACGGUCGAUGAUGAAGAGGAAUCAUUACUAGAAUCUGACGAUACCGAGGCUUUGCGACUGCGUUUACGUCUUCUACGUGGAAAUGAAAAAUUUGAAGAGUCUGAGGAUCCGGAAGUGUCACUAUCGUCUGAAUCUGAGUGGCCUAACAAAUUGAGAACACCUUCAACGAGUUGUCUACCGACACCGAGACUGGAUCGAGUGGAAUGCCUAGAAGGUGAACCUGGUGGUAAUGUAUUACGGUAAAUAUCUUGAUUAUCCUCGUCAAAAAAAUCACCCAUAGUGAUAAGCCAACAUCGAUGUCAGAAGUCAAGAGUGGAAUGUGACGAGAUGACUGUUUU